UCACCACUUCCCCAUCCUGCUCGGACAAGAUUGCUCAGGGAAGCCCUCGCUUCCUGCACAGCUUCUGGGGCUCCAGGGACCACGCACAGGAGCAUGGCCGCGUGCCCUCAGGAUCAGAUAACUUACACUCAAGAGUUUUAAAAGAAUUGGCAAAGGAGCAUCUGAGACAUCGAUAGUGAUAUUUAACAAUUCUUGGAAUAUUGCAGGCCCUGGCCUGUGGUGACAUUGCUCAGCAUGCGGCGGUAGCCGAAGGGAUCCCUCAUUCAGAUCCCUGGGCUGGGCCAGCUGUGCGGGGCAGCCUUUCCCUGCAAUCCCUAUGAAGCUGAGGACACCUGCAGUCCUGUCACACCGGCUCCCCCAGGGCAAAGGCACCACUUCUCCCUCCAUCUCUCCUGCUGGUGCCUGUCUCUGAUGCUGGGCCAUGUCGCUAGCUGCCCACCCCACUGAUCUGGGGCUUGAAUUUGCCAGCAGCAGCUUGGAGGAGAUACACCAGCUCGAUGACCCACUAGCCUUUCCUGCCUCACUGGAGGAGCAGUUUCCCUGCACUGACCUACUGUAUGUGUAUUCGGGGCUGGAAUUGGAUGAGGUGCCCAGUGGCAUCAUGGCAGAUGGGCUGCUGGACAAGCACGAGCCGCAGGUUGUUGGGGACAGUGUCACAGUGCCAGGUGACGCUGAGCAGCCAUUACCCCCCAUUGCAGCUGGCGAGAGCCUGCUCUGGGUGGAGUCACCCAACAACAUCUUGGAUGAGAAGCGCCUGCUUGGCGGCACUAGGGUUUCCCUGGACAAAGGGGCCUGCCCCCUGGGCUCAGGGGAAGCCAGCGGCCUGCACGGGUCUGGAGACGAGGAGAAUCCCAAGGCUGGGUCCACCAGGGAGCAGACAGGGAAGCAGCCCAGGAGGAAAGGUCGCAAGCCGAAGCCCCCCCGCUGCCUUUCCCCCAUCACCACCGCCCCUGGCUUUCCAAUCUGCAGGAAGAGCAAGGACGGCAAAGGUAAUGCCCUCUACCUGUGGGAGUUCCUGCUGGCGCUGCUCCAGGACAGGAACACCUGCCCAAAGUACAUCAAAUGGACCCAGCGAGACAGGGGCAUCUUCAAGCUGGUGGACUCCAAAGCAGUGUCCAGGCUGUGGGGAAAGCAAAAGAACAAACCCAGCAUGAACUACGAAACCAUGGGCCGGGCACUGCGGUACUAUUACCAGCGUGGCAUUCUGGCCAAGGUGGAAGGGCAGCGGCUGGUAUAUCAGUUCAAGGACAUGCCCAAGGACCUGGUGGUGAUUGAGGAUGACGGGGAAGCAGUGGGCAAUGUGAACCCCAGAGCCAGCUGCUCAGCCACCAGGCCCUCUUCCCAGAGCUCCCCACUCCAGAGGGCCAUGUCCCCCACUCGCAGCAAGAGGGAGACUGCACCAGCGACCCAGCCUCGGGAGUCCGCAGCUGCACCAUGUCCUGCCCCCAAAGUGCAGCAAGGGGCCAGCAAGCCAUCCUCCCAGGCCGUGGGCUCCCCGCUCCUACCCGGUCGCUUGGGGCUGGGACCCCUGACUCUCCAGCCCAUCCCACUCACCACAGUGCUGGCCCUGGGAAACGCUGCCAGUUCUCCUUUUCCAAGCAGCACCCCUGCUCCGGACAGGCUCCCGCUCCAGCCUGGGUUCCCCAUGAAUGGGUUCCCCAAGCCACUGCCAGGCCCGGGCAGCAGUAUCUCAGCAGCAGGCCCCCUCCUGCCUGCUGCCCCGCAGCACUCCUUGACUAGCCUGCUCCAGCCAAUGGCUCUGACUGGCCAGCCAGGCACUGUUGUUGCCACCAUCAUUGGGACAAUGGAGGCCAGCGGCAGCUGCCUGGCUAUGCUGGAUCGCCCGCUCCCGAGCCUGCUUUCCAGUGAUCCUGCCACGCGCGCUGGCGUGCUGACAACACAGGCGUCGCAGCAGGAGAGCCUGCCUGGCCAUGCAAAGGUCCAGGAACUCCAGCCACCAGCUCUAAGCAGCUCCCAGGAUAGCAAAGCACUAGCAGCCCUGCCAGCAGGAGGCACUGACAGCUGCACCCAACUCAGCCGCCCAAAGGUGGGCUUGACACCCGUGGUGGAACUGGAAUUAGCCAUCAGCUCGGAGGCAACGUUCCCUGGUGAGCAGAUGGCUCAGCUCCUGGCAAAGCCCAGCUCUGCCCCAGCCCCUGCAGCGCUGCUGUCUCUAGGCAGUGGUGACAUCAAGGAGGAAUGCUGGGACGUGGUGUGAAGUGCGCGGAUGCACCCUGGGCUCCAAUAGAGGCAAAGGAUACUGGGAAAGCUCAGUUCCCUGGACAGACAGGAUCCAACUUAGGGCUGGGGGCUGCUGGGGCCAGGGGAGCCUUGCAGGCCGCAUGGCAUUUGCUUCUUGCCCUCACCCAUUAAAGAGACAUUUUG